GCUUGCUGUUUCUCGUCGUCCGUUGCACCGAGCUCGCGAGCUCUUCUCUAGCCCGGGCUACCGCUCCUUCCCCUUUACUUUCUUUCCUAGUGUUUUCCGUUGCACAAAAAUUGGGUGGCUUUAAGGACAUCGUCCCGGAGGUGUGAUAAAUGUUGGCCCGUUCGUUUGGAUGACGCGUCAGUUUUUGGCCGUGCCCGCGAGUUCGUUUAGUGGCAAGUGUUGUGGUGAGAAAAUUUAGUGCACGAGUAGUAACCCGCCUCGAACUAGGUGCCAGGGGAUAGAGUAGUGACGUGGGUUGCUGUGUGAACGUUCAUCAAACUCCACUUUCCUCGUGGCUCCUACGACAAAGAAGGCUUAUCGAGCAAACAUUUUCCGAGCAUUUCGCACGACGAACAGCCACAACACUCUUAACAAAGAACAACCCGCCGUCGUCUACGUUGCUGCGUGUCCUCACUCCUAAUUCCGAAAGGCCUUUUUUUCCUCUUCAGCAAAAUUCAAAAUGCAACGGUGGUGGUUCCUAGAGGAAAAUGGUGACGCAAAGGGGUCCUCCGAUAAGCAGGAAUCGUCCAUAAAGAAGUCGAAACCACCGAAACCGGUGGGUGAUCGGCGGCACACGUUUCGCGUGCUCGUGACAUACGAUCUGCUGAAGGAUGAAACGGUGGCGAUCACGGGUAGCUGCGAAGGCCUUGGUAACUGGGAUCCAGAACAAUGCGUUCAACUGCAUCGCGAGCCAGAUGAGGCUAGCAAGCUGUGGACAUUGGAAACGGAUCUACCGCGCGAUGUGGCCAUAACCUAUCGCUAUUUGAUCUGUUCGAUUGAUCCCACGACGGAGAAUGUGCACGUCCGCCGUUUCGAGACACACAUCGUGCCGCGCCAGGUGCCGGUAUUUUCGGGUGACGAAGGUGAAGACGAAAAUGGCCAGUCCGGUAGCAAGAAAGUUCAGUCCAAAAUCGAUACCCUCGGUGAUAUCAACGGGAAUGUUAAACUGGACAAGGGUUGGCUCACCACGGAAACGAUUGUUCAGUUCAAGUUCUUUGAUAAUCCGUUUUCGGUUAAGGAGCGUAUCAAAAACCGGCUAUUGUACGUCAAGAUAACGACGAUGAACUUGCGCAUCAACGCGGAAACCCAAAAUGUGUCCUCAAUGCUGGAGGAAUCGUUGUCGAGUGAUACGCGUGAAAAUGGAACUGAAGCGGCCACAACGUACUCGUUCGUCGAGGUGACGUCGCUGCGUAGUGCAAACGCAGCGUACGAGCAGCAGUCGCAGUUUGGUUGUCCAUACCAGAAGGAUGAUUUUCUCAUCUUUAACGUCACGGUAGCGGAACCGGAGAAUGUGGCUUACCUGGUUGAUCUCUACUCAUACAGCUCCAAGGCGAAGGAAGACGAACCGCCUCAUCAUUUGGGCUACCAUUAUAUUCUGCCCAACUUCCUGAAGAAAUCAGAAGGCAUCCUAGAGCUACCGGUAACCUGUGCCAGUAAGCAUCGUCCGCUGGGGAUGAUGCGGAUCGAGUACCUGAAAGUGACACCCCUGUUGCCACCGCUUUGUACGCUGGAGCGCUCGUACAUUCGCUACUGGAACAAGCGCUGGUCGGGCCUUGAUGUGGGACACCGAGGUUCCGGAACGAGUUUCAAGGCUAGCGAUGGCAAUGUGAUCCGUGAGAAUACGAUCGCCUCGUUGAAGAAGGCAGUGCUGCACGGUGCCGAUAUGGUAGAAUUCGAUGUACAACUUAGCAAGGAUCUGGUACCGGUGAUCUACCAUGAUUUCGAUAUCUAUGUCUCGCUGAAACGCAAAACGACGCUAGAAACGAACGAUAUGUUGGAGCUUCCGAUGCGUGAACUGACUCUCGAGCAGCUGCGCAACUUGAAGGUCUACCACGUGGUUGAGGGUAGAAACCGGGAGGCAAAGUUCUUCGACGAGGACCUGGAGGAACACCAACCGUUCCCGCAGCUGGCCGAUGCACUCGAGCAGAUCGAUCCGCACUGUGGCUUCAACAUCGAGAUCAAGUGGUCCCAGAAGCUCAAGGAUGGCCGGAUGGAGUCAGAAAUGACGUUCGAUUCGAACCAGUACGUCGACUGCAUACUGCGUGUCGUGCUCCAGAAGGCCGGUACACGGCGGAUCGUGUUCUCUUGUUUCGAUGCCGACAUCUGCACGCUGCUGCGGCUUAAGCAAAACCUCUAUCCCGUCAUGUUCCUCACGCUCGGCGUAACCAGCCGCUAUCCCAGUUAUCAUGAUCCUCGCUGCAACUCGAUCGAGAUGGCAGUUCGCAAUGCAUACGCAACGGAGCUGCUGGGUAUUGUGGCACACACCGAGGAUCUGUUGCGCGAUCAAACUCAGGUGAAUCUGGCCACCGAAAAAGGUUUAAUCAUUUUCUGCUGGGGUGAUGACAAUAACUGUAAGGACACGAUCAAGCAUUUAAAAAGCCUCGGUAUCCAUGCCAUCAUCUAUGACAAGAUGGACAUCUAUUCCGAUAAGGCCGUCAAGGAAAGUGUAUUUUUAGUUGGAGCUCGCGAGUCCCAAGCCGCACUUCUACAGCAGAUUGACAUCGAGAAUCGCUACGAGAACAGCCAGCAUGACCUCUUGAACGACAAGGAACUGAUGCUAGCACCUGGUAAACCGGGCAACACUACUUCCGGUGCUUCCAACGUGUCGAUCGUGCCGACCAUUUGAUCAAUGCAGAAAUGAUGAAUCGGAAGAUGCUUAGCCCGGUAGAAUUAUGUUUGUUGAUUGUAGCACUUGUGGGUUAAAUUUCUUUUUUUUUUUUAAUUUAAAUCUAAAUUGUUUUGCCAAGUGGAUGGCGAUGGUGUUAUUUGUGUGAAUGAGAUGAUAGUUGCGAGAGUGAAUGUUAAUAUGAACGAAGCGCGCUGCAGAAUACAUGCAAUGUUGUUACGAAUUUAUUUACAGUCAGGAGGGUACGAUGUCGUCCCUUUUGUGUAGCAGUUAAGGAGUUCUGUCGUAGAAAAUUUGAUAUUUUGCUCAUGUUGCAGAUUCCAAAGCCACAUAAAUAAUAUAUGAAGCGUUUUAUAUAGGCAAGCGAGCUUGCGCUAACACCUAGAUUAGUUUUCAGUGGAGAUUGGAUGAUUGAAUAUAGUGCAGUUCCUCAUAAGCGAAAGCCUACGGAUCCACUUUAACAAUAGGCCUAACACGCGUAUAGAGGCAGAAGAGAUUUAACAACGGAUGGCUUUAAUGCUACAAUUCAAAGGUUUCAUUCGUUUCAUUUUUUCGUAAACUCCUUUUCCAGUAACACGCAUAAAAGCCCUGAAAGAGGCUCCAGUUAAACUCAUUCUAAGUGGGGUGUAUUACUUUUGUGUUGAUGAGAUAUAUUUUUGAAUAAAUCAAAUGCAAACCAACGUACUCCACUUUAUAUCAUUUUGAAGAAUUAUCACGUGCGUAAGUAUUUGAUCCUUAAAUCCUUGAGGACGGGUAUGAACGAU